AUGCCAACAGUAUACAAUAAGACUCCUCUACUCCGCCCAUAUUUUCUGGAGGCAAACAGAGGAACUUCUGAUAGCUCGCCACAGGUUUUUUUCAAAUAUGAAAGUUUUCAGCCUGGUUGCAGUUUUAAAAGCAGAGGUAUUGGUAAUUUAAUCCUCAAGAAUGCCAAGAAGGUUGAGGAAGAGGGCAUCAAAACAUUAGAAGUGUUUUCCUCAUCAGGUGGUAAUGCCGGCUACGCUGCUGCUGUUGCUUGCAGAGAAUUAUCUAUACCCUGUACUGUCGUAGUACCAUCUUCUACUAAAGUAAGAAUGGUCGAAAAAAUAAGAAGUACUGGUGCUCAGGUAAUUGUCAGUGGUAAUUUUUGGAAGGAAGCUGACGAAUAUCUAAGAAAUUCUGUCAUCAACAAGGUAGAUUCAAGUAAAGUAGAACCAUUAUAUGUCCAUCCUUUCGAUGAUCCGCUUAUUUGGGAAGGUCAUUCUACUAUAAUUGAUGAGAUUGUCGAAAGUUUAAAUGAUGAGAACGUUCAUACCUCAAAAGUCAAAGGGGUUGUGUGUAGUAUAGGUGGAGGUGGCCUUUAUAAUGGCAUAAUAGAAGGGCUUGAGAGACACGCUUUAGCCGACAAGAUACCUGUUAUUGCUGUGGAGACAGAAGGCUGCCAUGUUUUCAAUACCUGCUUGGAAUUAGGUAAACAUGUCGAAUUUGAGAAAAUUUCAAGUAUUGCCACUUCCCUUGGUAGUCCCAGCAUAUCAACGAAAACUUUUGAGUAUGCUCAGAAGUACCAUUCAAAGGGUGUUGUUCUUCAAGAUAUUGAUGUGCUAGAAACGUGUCUAAGAUAUAGUGAGGAUUCGAAUAUGAUCAUUGAGCCGGCGUGUGCCGCAUCUGUUCAUCUUGCUUAUAAUGUUGAUAUUUUAGAAGAGGCUCUAAACAAGAAACUAAGUAAGGACGAUGUGAUAAUCAUCAUAGCAUGCGGUGGCUCAGCAACUACACUGCAGGACAUUAAAGAUUCUUUAGCAAAAUUGAAGAUCAAAAAUUGA